AAAACCAAACAUUCAUUCGUGGCUCUUGUAAGACAACAAAUGUUUUUGUUGCCCCAUUUCCUUAGGUCUCAUGCUUAAUGGCAUUCGUCCAACACCACGAGUCCACAACCAUCAAGAUCACGAGGCCUAACGCUGUUCAGGUUUCUCAAAACAUAAAUCAUCGAGUGUUGAGAGUUGAGACUCCCUCUGCUCUGCUCUUUUCAUCACCGCGUCUUAAAUUUACUCAAAACUCUAAACACCAUUUCCCAUGACUCAGUCCCUUGCAAACCGAGCUGUCCAACAACGGAGAGUUGUUAUAGAGAACAACCAUGGCGAGAAGCUCUCUGGGAUAUUACAUGAAACUGGUUCUAAACAGCUUGUUAUUGUGUGCCAUGGAUUUCAGUCGUCAAAGGAACGGAUACCAAUGGUAAACCUCGCCGCUGCUCUGGAGAAAGAAGGAAUCAGUGCCUUCCGUUUUGACUUUGCUGGAAAUGGGGAAAGUGAAGGCUCAUUUCAGUAUGGUAACUACCGUAGAGAAGCUGAGGAUUUACGUGCUGUGGUUCAACAUUUUCGUAGGGAGAAUCGUGUGAUAAGUGCAGUUAUUGGACACAGUAAAGGUGGAAAUGUGGUGCUCUUGUAUGCUUCGAAGUACAAUGAUGUCCAUGCAGUGGUUAAUAUUUCUGGCCGGUUUAACCUGGAGAAAGGCAUGGAAGGCCGCCUGGGUAAAGACUUUCUGCUAAGACUCAAACAACAUGGAUAUAUAGAUGUCUUUAAUAGAAAAGGAAAAUUCGAGUAUCGUGUGACUGAAGAAAGUUUGAAGGAUCGAUUAACUACUGACAUCCAUGCAGUCUGCUUGUUGAUUCAACAAGAGUGCAGGGUAUUGACAGUCCAUGGAUCCAUGGAUAAAUUUGUACCGGCUGAAGAUGCUUUGGAAUUUGCCAAGUUCAUACCAAAUCAUAAACUACACAUCAUAAAGGGAGCUAAUCAUGAAUAUACUUCACAUCAAGGCGAGUUAACUUCGGUUGUACUAGAUUUCUUGAGGGAAAAUUUUAAUGCAGAAAAAGACAUGCCUAAGUUACCAUUGAAGGAUCAUCCUUUUCGUUCUCGACUGUGAUAGUUUCACUGACGUCAGAAGAAUAAAUUAGCUCCCUGAGCAAUAGGAGAAAUUAGUUGCAAGUCAUUUGGAAGAGUUCCUGGAGCUACAAGUUGAGCUACUCUGUGUCAUCACUCACCUCCAAUGACAUGACGGCAUGACCUGAAAGUCAGCCUGGUUAAGAAUUUUCCUAGCGACUGUCCACGCAUUUUGGGCAUUGUGUCAUGAGCUUGGCAUCCUGUUGCUCGUAAAUGAAGCUUAAGUCUUGUGAUUCAGCCACACUGCUGUCACAAAUUGUAUGCACUGUUGAACUUGUGAAAAAGCCUAUGGUAAAAAAAACGUAUUCUAUAUUUUUGUGAAUCUCUAAAUACAGCAAAAUCAUUACUAUCAA